UUCUCGCCAGCUUUGCUUAUCGGCUCUCGGUCUUCCUGGUUCUGCGGAGUUGGAGCCGUUUUCCCUGCGCCUUUCGGUGACAAACAAUGACUUCACCCGAUCUGGAUGCGGAUAUUUUAGUUUCGGAGAGAAAAUGUGUUUAAUGUCGGAGGUCAGCAGCUGACCUUUCGGGCCCUUUGGCUCCGCUCAGUCCGUCCUGCUGCGGAUCAUCCGCCAGUCAAUCCGUCCAACAUGGGAGCGAACUUCGUAGUUUUGACACUUUUUGCAGUUUUUGUGUCCCUAACAGAGGCUGCUGUGUCUCCAGCCGAAGACAAAGAGCAGCAGGAGUUUGAACCUCUGCGGUCCAUCCUGGACGACUUCGACGUUCUUCCAUUCUCCAGCCUGCAGACCCACUCCAUCCGCCGGCGGGACGUCCAAACCGAGGCACAUGUGGAGAAGCUGCUGAGCUUCAACGCCCUGCAGAGGAACUUCAGGCUUUACCUGAGAACCAACAACGAGAUCUUUACAGAGGAUUUCAAGGCCAUCGUGGAGGAUGAGGAUGGACAGAGACGAAGCUUCCCGGUCAACAGACACAACUACUUCACCGGACACGUCAUCGGGGAGGAAAACUCUCGUGUUCAGGCUCACAUCGACGACCACGAGUUCUCAGCUCACAUCCUGACGGACGAGGCGGAGUACAACAUCGAGCCUCUGUGGAGGUUCACAUCAGCGCCCCCCGAUGGCCGCGUCCUGAUCUACCGGUCGGAGGACAUCAGGAACAUCAGCCGGCUGCAGCGGCCCUCAGUCUGCGGAUACGUGGCGUCAGAAUCCAUCCACCUUCUACCGGAGGGCGUCAGCAUGGAGGCGAGGCCCGAUGAAGAAGAGUCGGUGUUCAGAGGGAAACGGCAGGUUACCGAUCAUAAGAAGAACACGUGUCCAAUGCUGCUGGUCGCAGACCAUCGCUUCUACCGAUACAUGGGCCGAAGGGAGGAGAGCACCACCAUCAACUACCUGAUCGAGCUCAUCGACCGCGUCGACGACAUCUACAGAAACACAUCGUGGGACGAAGAGUUCAGCGGUUACGGAGUUCAGAUCCAGCAGAUUAUCAUUCAGAAGUCUCCCACUGAGGUCGGUCCUGGAGAAAGUCACUUCAACAUGAGGGGCAGUCCAGUGGCGGGAAAAGACGUCUGGGACGUCAAGAAGCUGCUGGAGCAGUUCAGUGUGGACAUUGCAGAGAAUGCGUCCAAUGUCUGCCUGGCUCACCUCUUCACCUAUCAGGACUUUGACGAGGGAACCCUGGGCCUGGCCUAUGUGGCACCCAACAAACCAGACUUUCCGGGAGGGCUCUGCUCCAAACCUUGUGCUUCGACAGCAAACAAACACGGAUUCAUCUAUCUGAACACGGGCCUCACCAGUACCAAGAACUACGGGAAAACAAUCCUGACCAAGGAAGCAGAUCUGGUGACGACUCAUGAGCUGGGCCAUAACUUUGGAGCGGAGCAUGACCCGGACAAUGUGCCGUACUGCGCCCCACGGGAGGACCAGGGAGGGAAGUACGUCAUGUACCCCAUCGCUGUGAGCGGAGACCACGUCAACAACAAGCUUUUCUCCAACUGCAGCAAGCAGUCCAUCGUGAAGCGGCUGCGCUCCAAAGCGGCGACCUGCUUCAAGGAGAGGAACGUCAACGUGUGCGGGAACUCGAGGGUGGAGCAAGGCGAGGAAUGCGACCCAGGGUUGCUGCACUUCAACUCGGACCGCUGCUGCACCCACGAGUGCCGGCUGAGGGCCGGAAAAGAGUGCAGUGACAGGAACAGCGCCUGCUGCAAAAACUGCAGGUUCCAGGUGAGAGGCGAGGUCUGCCAGGAGCCCAUCGACGCCACCUGUAAGGGCCACUCCUACUGCACAGGAAACAGCAGUGAGUGUCCUCCGCCGGAGAACGCUCCGGAUAAAACUGUGUGUCUGGACAACGGGGAAUGUCGGGGUGGAGAGUGUGUUCCCUUCUGCCAGGUGGUCAGGAAGCUGGAGCCCUGCGCCUGCAACGAAACAAACUCGUCCUGCAAAGUCUGCUGCCGGGGCAGCAAUGGAGUCUGCAGCCCCUUCGUUGAUGUGAAAGGCGAUUUUGUGUAUUUGCGGAAAGGCAAACCUUGCACCGUGGGGUUCUGUGAUGGAGCGGGGAAAUGCAUGAAGCAGGUGCAGGAUGUGGUGGAACGUCUGUGGGACUUCAUCGAUAAACUCGACAUCAACACAUUCAGAAAGUUCCUGGCUGAUAACAUCGUGGGUUCGGUGGUGGCGUUCUCGCUCCUCUUCUGGGUUCCUUUCAGCAUCCUGGUCCACUGUGUGGACAAGAAGAUGGAUAGACAGUAUGAGGAGACCACCAAGUCUCUAUUCUUCUCCAGCAAUGCCGAGCUCCUCAGCAGCCUUGAUUCUGCUUCUGUCCGGAUCUUCAAACCUCUAAACUUCCCGGCCGCCCCUGUGCGGCUCCCACCGAUCAGCCCGCAGCUUGCCAGCAGCCCGCCCGUCUUCGGCGCCGGCCCCGCCUCGAGCCACACGUCCCCGCCUCUGGAUGCCCCACACAUGGCCACCAUCUUGGAGGACCCCGGCCUGGACUCCCACCUGGACGAGGAGGAGCUGCAGGAGGCGUUCGGGCGCCCAGCUGGAGCAACUCGGCGUUCAUUUGAGGACCUGACGGAGAGAAACCCGACGAGACGCAGCGACAAGUCGAAGCUGUUCAGACUUCAGAGACAACAUGAGAUCGACAGCAGAGAGACGCAGUGCUGAGAGACGCUGCCAGGGGGCGCUGUUGCCCCUCAUCUGUUCCUUAAAGCUGGUCCCUGAACUCACCUCCAGAAGCCAUUUUCUAACACAGACUGGUGUUCAUUUAUAACCUGUUUAAUUUAAUCUAUUUCUAAAAAUAAUUUUAUAAUUUGUUUGUGUUUCUCUCUCAUUUUCCCUCCUAAAAAGGUGCAACUUUUAAAUUUGCACUUCAGUGGUUAAAAUUUUUUGCGUUUUUUAUUAUUUGAUAUAAUUUUUUUUUCUGAUUUCAUCAGAACGCUAUCAUCAUCCCACUCCUCCAUAUCACCUCAAGGUCCGAUAUUUUCAGAAUUAAAGUGCAAACUCCCAUAAUUCUUAGAGCUUAUCAACUAAAAAUAACCAAAAAACUGUUACAUUUUGCUGACGAUCCAAAAUUAAUUGGAUCCAAAAUUAAUUUGAACCAUAAAAUUUGGGAUAUAAAUCAGAAAUGUGAAGGUUUCUUCUUUAAACUUUCAAAAUCACCUCCAGAAAUAUUCCUCAAAAUAAAAAUCCAGCACAUUUAAUCUUGAACUACUGCAAAAUUCACAUUUUCUCAUUUUUACAAAGAACAUGAAAGAAAAAAGAAAUCUGCAUUUUUAUAAAGUUUUGCAAGAUAUUUUACAGAAAAUAUUUAUUUUUACAAGAUUUAAAACAGUUUAUGGGAGUAAAGUUUUCUUUAACAGGAUGGUGCUUUUUAUUCAUGUUUUUUAAAGUUUGUAUUUCUCUAAAGCAAAUACUUUAGAGAAAAAGACAAUUAAAAAAGCAGCAAAACAAUUUAAAGAUAGUUGAAAUUUUUACUGCUGUGUUUGAAACACAAAGACUUUUACGAGUCCAAAUUAAAACCAAAGAAUUAAACCAAACUUCACAGUUUUGGUGUAAAAAAGUGUUGAAUUUUGUUUUAUCGUAUUAAAUGGCUGUUAAAGUGUUAAAACCGCCUCUGUCAGUAUUUUGGGAUGUUGUGUCUUUGUUGUUUUAAUAUGUUUACCUUUAUUUAAAUGUUCAAAAACUGCAGCUUUUACAUGAAAAAUAAAAAUGACUGUUCAGAAAGCCGACAUGUUUUCAUUUUACAAUAGAAGUUUGGAAAUAAAU